UCAUGUAUCCUAUUUCAGUUUCACUUUUACAACCGAAUCAGGAAAUAAAAGCAUCAUAUACGAUCUUACAAGCACGUGAAGUGUAAUUAAAAGAGCACGGUAGUGUUCAAGAGAUCUGGGAGCAAAAAUAUUAAGGAAUCGAAGGUGAAAUGUUCAGUGAUUAUGGAAAACAGACUUGACGAGACUGCUGCAAACCAUUCGACCACUCUGACUAAUAAACAGCGUGGGAAUGAGGUCACAGUCCGACCCGCCACUUUAGAUAAUCUCUCAAUUCAUCAGCUGGCAGCCCAUGGGGAGAUUUCACAAGUGGAGACACAUCUAGACAAAGACGACUCUGCAUUAAACAAUCAAGAUGAGCGGGGUUUCACCCCAUUGAUGUGGGCCGCUGCAUUUGGAGAAAUAAUGAUGGUGGAGUUUCUUCUACAGAAGGGAGCCAAUCCGAAAACACUAGCUCGGGAACGAGAGAGUGCCCUCUCUUUGGCCAGUGCUGGGGGAUUUGCAGAUAUUGUUAAUGUUCUCCUAAAAUGUGAUGUUGACAUUGACUCUUAUGACUGGAAUGGUGGGACCCCCCUUCUCUAUGCCGUUCGUGGUAAUCACAUGAAAUGCGUUGAAGCUCUCUUAAGAUAUGGGGCAGAUAUCACAUUUGAGGCAGACUCUGGAUAUAGCCCUGUAGCUCUUGCUGUUGCUCUGGGUCACAAAAAAGUGCAAAAACUUCUUGAAGAACACAUUCUGAAACUGUUUCGUGGACCAGUUUCAGCAUCAGAGGGCACAUGAAGCACAGGACUUCUCUUUAAUAACCCUUGUUUUACCCUAAUCUUAAAUACUUUAUCACUGUAAAGAUCAGUUUUUAUACUUUUUAAAUAAAAACACAACACAAUCGGUGUUGACCUGAAAAAGCUUGUGAAUAUAAUCAA